CUCCAAUUAUUAUUGAUGGCUUCUUUUUCUCAAGCUGAGGACCCAGUGUGCACGCAGAGAGGUGAUUCUGGGAACCCAGUCCUAUCAAAAGAUGGGGAUUUUAUAUUAGGGGGGAUGUUCUCUUUUCACAGCAGCUGGGAAGACAGAAUGGACAACUACACACACAAACCAAUGCCACUACAAUGUACCAGUUUAAAUUUCAGAGAUUUCCAAUUUGCACAGGCUAUGCUUUUUGCAAUUGAGGAGAUUAAUAACAGUACAGACCUACUGCCAGGAAUCUCUGUGGGCUAUAAAAUCUAUGAUACUUGUGGGUCUGUGGCCAGAAGUGUAGGUGUCACACUGGCUUUGGCUAAUGGAAAUGAAAUUGUGUCUGUACCCCCGAAGGCACCAUGUACCAGACCUGCACAUGUGCAGGCGAUAAUAGGAGAGACCUCUUCUUCUCCAUCCAUUGCAGUAGCUACUGUUAUUGGACCAUUUGUUCUGCCAGUGAUCAGUCACUUUGCCACAUGUGCUUGUCUCAGUGACAAAACUAAGUACCCAUCCUUCCUCAGAACAAUACCCAGUGACUACUACCAGAGCAGAGCCCUGGCACAUUUGGUCAAGCAUUUUGGAUGGACUUGGGUUGGAGCUAUUCGAACCAAUAAUGAUUAUGGAAAUAAUGGCAUGGCCACCUUCACAGAAACUGCACAGCAGCUGGGCAUCUGUCUGGAGUAUUCUGUAUCUUUUUUUAGGACAGAUCCAUAUGUGAAAAUACAAAAGAUAAUUGAAAUUAUAAAGGCUUCAACCUCCAGGGUAAUUGUUGCAUUCCUUUCCCAUGUGGAUCUGGAUGUGCUGCUACAUGAGUUUUCAUACCAUAACUUGUCUGGGUACCAGUGGGUAGGCACUGAGUCGUGGAUAUUUGAUUCACAAACAGCAAAAAUGGAUAUACAUCACAUACUGAAUGGUGCCAUAGGUCUUUCCAUUCCUAAAGCACAUGUCACUGGCCUGAGAGAGUUCAUACUGGAUGUUAAGCCACUGAAUUCAUCUAAUAAUGAACUCUUUAUUGAGUUCUGGGAGACACUAUUUAGUUGUAAGUUCAAGGAGUUGAAAUCAUCAGCAGACAUUCAGAGAGAGUGUACUGGACAUGAAGAUCUGAACGGAGUUCAAAACAGCUUCACUGAUAUGUCUCUCAUGCCUAUCUUUAAUAAUGUAUAUAAAGCAGUGUAUGCAGUGGCACAUGCACUUCACAAUAUCCUCAGCUGUAAUAAAACAUGUAACAAAAAUGUGCAGCUAGAUCCAUUCACGGUUUUGCAACACAUACGAAAGAUUCACAUCACAACAAAGGAAAGAGAUGAGGUUUACUUUAAUGAGAAUGGAGAUCCAGCAGCAAAGUAUGAAAUUAUAAACUGGCAGCCAAGAGAAAACGGCGUUGUGGAGUUUGUCACAGUUGGUCUUUAUGAUACAUCAUUGGCUCCAGAAAAACAGCUAAAUUUGCAAAACAAGGCUUUAAUUUGGGCAAGAAACACAAAGCAGGUUCCUGUGUCAGUUUGCAGUGAGAAAUGUCCCCCAGGAACACGCAAGGUUCUCCAGAAAGGAAGGCCUGUUUGCUGCUAUGACUGUAUAAGAUGUGCAGAGGGACAGAUCAGCAAUGUUACAG